CACCAAAACGCGUUUCCUUUUUCUCGUGCCAUUUUCCACUUUUCAAAACCAUUUUUAAACCCAACCCAACCCAACCAUUUUCACGCCAUCAUCUUAUUUCCUAUCCCGCCAUGAAAUUCUUAUCAAAACAAUUUCUAUGGGUCCUUUCUUUUGUAAAACUCUUCUGAUUAUUUCAUUUCUUUGUUUUAUUUCUUUCAGUUUUUCACUCUCCACUGUCUCCAUAUCUGAAACUUCUAACCUCACAUUAAUAUGUGCUUUAGUACCAUCCCUUGGCCCACCUCACCCAUCUUCUCUAAAUUGUUCUACCUUUCCAACUCCUGGUAUUCAAACUCCUUUUAAUUCCAAUGAUUCCUUUUCUGGGAUUGUCUCUGGAGACGGAUUUUUAUGUGGCUUGAGACCUUCUUUUUCCUCACCCAAUAUUUCAGUUAUGCAUUGUUGGAGAUUCUUUAGCAACGGCACUACCAGAGAGUUCAAACGAAUUUACAGGGGUCCAGCUCUUAACCAACUUGAAGCAGCCGACUAUCACAUUUGUGGUCUUAAUGAGACCAACACUCUUGAAUGUUGGCAGUGGCCUGAAUUCAACCAAACCAAGGAUCAAAACUUUUCUACCAUGGCUGUCGGUGAAGGAUUUGUAUGUGGAUUAUCAGAAACUGGAACGAUUAGCUGCCUUGGAAACGUUGCUGGUAUCACUGGUCAAGAGCCCAGAGGGAAUUAUAGUGUGAUUGCUGCUGGGUUUAGGCAUGCUUGUGCUAUCAGUUUACAUAAUGAUUUAGAGUGUUGGGGAAAUAUGGUGGCGGGUGAAAAGCCUCAGGGAAAAUUCAACGCACUGGCUCUGGGACAGAAUCGAAGCUGUGCCUUGAGGACUAACGGAACAGUCGUUUGUUGGGGGCAGAAUAAUUUCAGUCUGCCACAGGAAUUGGAAAGGCAUAGUUUUAUUACAAUCAAAGCAAAGAGAAAUGUUUUCUGUGGAGUUUUAACAUUUAAUUAUUCUCUUUUCUGCUGGGGCAAUGCAAAUUUUAACUCCAUGCCUAUGGUAUUCUCAGAAGUAUUACCAGGGCCAUGUAGGAAUAUAUGUGCAUGUGGUUCAGUGCCGGGAUCAGGCUUAUUUUGCAGCAAUGGUGGAUCUAUUUGCCAAGCUUGUAAUAUGCCUUUUCCGCCAAUAAUGCCAGCCCUGCCAACAGCUCCCUCGCCACAACCUCACAACAGAUCCACAAGCAGUGAUUUGAAUGGCAGAAUGGUAGCUUUUCUAGUUGUUGGUUGUGUAGGAUCCUUCUCUUUCUUGCUAGUCAUUGGUUUCUUUGUCUUCAGAUAUUGUAAAGGUGGAGGGUGCCGUGUCCAUGAUUCAGGUCGACUGGAUGAGAAUGGUACCCCUGCUAAUGGUGUUUCCAAUCAGCCCCAAACUCCCCAAGCCCCAUUAGCACCGGCAGUUCUGGAGAAGCGUCUGAGCCAAUUGACCAGCUUGGGAACAACAGGUCGCUUGGAGGAAUUUUCUUGGGAAGCCCUGAUUCAAGCCACCAACAAUUUCUCUGAAGAUCAUAAAAUUGGGACCGGCAGUUUUGGUUCUGUCUACCAUGCUAAAUUGGAUGAUGGGCGUGAAGUGGCCAUCAAACGAGCUGAAAUAACAAGCACUUCAUCGUAUGCAGUUGGCACCAAACGACAAGAAGAUAAGGACAAUGCGUUCGUGAAUGAGCUUGAAUAUUUAUCACGCCUCCACCACAAAAAUGUUGUCCGGUUAUUGGGAUUUUGCGAAGAUUUCAAUGAGCGUGUAUUGGUAUACGAGUACAUGAACAAUGGCACACUCCAUGACCAUCUCCACAAGUUCCAAAAUUCAACCUUUAUGUCAUGGGAUAUACGGCUUAGGAUAGCAUUAGAUGCAGCAAGGGGGAUUGAGUACUUGCAUGAAUACGCAGUACCACCAAUCAUACACCGUGAUAUCAAGUCCUCAAACAUUCUUGUCGAUGCAAAUUGGACUGCAAAGGUGUCUGAUUUAGGAUUAUCAUUAAUGGGUCCUGGGGAUGAUGAGUCACACCUGUCGCUGCAUGUAGCAGGCACAGUCGGAUACAUGGAUCCUGAGUACUACAGGCUUCAACAACUGACUAGUAAGAGUGAUGUGUACAGCUUUGGAGUAGUGUUGCUAGAAUUAUUAUCAGGAUACAGGGCAAUCCAUUUGAAUGAAAAUGGGGUGCCAAGGAAUGUGGUGGAUUUUGUGAUUCCAUACAUUCUUAAAGACGAAAUUCACAGAGUUUUGGACCCCAGAGUCCCACCGCCAACGCCUUUCGAAAUAGAGGCGGUAGCAUAUGUAGGAUACUUAGCAGCCGACUGUAUAAGAGCAGAAGGCCGAGAUAGACCUUCAAUGACCGAUGUUAUAAAUGGCUUAGAAAAGGCAUUAGCUGCCUUCUUUCGAUCCACUACAGAGGCCAAAUUUGUAUAGCAAAGUAACUAGUAAAAUUUUCCGCCAUGUACAUUUUAAUUUAUUGAUUCAACUGAGGCACAAAGUACCUACCAAUAAUGUUAAAGAGAAUAGAAUGUGCUCUUUGGUUAGAAUUUGACAAAGUCGUUAUGAUUAUUUCUUUCGUUUUGAAUUUGCCCUACCAAGGCUUCAAGAACGGGUCAAAGAAAGGGAAAGAUUUGGAUUUUUUUAAGUAUUAAAGGACGCAUCAUAUACAAGAUUAGACUUGUUUUUUAUUGGUAAGCCCGGUUAAGACUUCUUAUUCAAUGCUUAAGCAUUAUUAUUAUUUGUAAAUAAAAUUGCCCACUUGUUCAAGAAAGGAUUUGAAAUUGCAGGGACCCUGUUGGUUAAAAUAUGUCGGUGGUCUCCAACUUUUCAAUCAACUUUUAUUUUCUUCCUAUGUCUGCAGAGGUGGAAAUUAGGCGAUUAGAGUUAUUUUGGGUUAAAAAAUUCAAAUUAUUUCAUAGUUAAAUUAUUUGUAGUUUGGUUGUCUGGAAUUGGAAUCAU